UAAAUAAAUUUAUACGAGAGCAACUGCAAUAAAAAUUGUUGAGUUUCACAGAAAAAAAAAUAUAUAAAGAAAAAUACUUUACAAGGUUUAAAUUAAAACGACAACGGCAAACUGAGCCCAGAUUAAUUUUCAACUUUAAUAGAAACAGAUUUGAUAUUGAAUUCUGCGGAACAUACUUUAAUCUCAAAUUGAUUUCAAUUAAUUUAUCAUUUGACCUCCAAAUUCAGUGUUAAGUCCCUUUCAAAGCAACUCUAAAUAUCAGCCAAUUUACGCUUGGGUCCAGACUGUCUAAUGAAAAUAUAUUUUUACCAAUGUCACUAGCUUCAAGGAUAUCAAAGUCUGUAUAUGUUGACCAAAAUGGUAAACGCACGGAAAUGGCGCAAUUUGCAAAAAAUGACUCAACCGCAAAGCGUAAUGAGAAUUUGAGAUCCCUUUUUGCUACGAAAAAGCAACAAACCAGCAGCAAUAGGCAACGAACAGUACAAAGAGAACGACUAGAGGAAGAUGAAGAGUCAUUAUGGAUGCAAAACCAGUAUGGACAAGACCAAAUUGGCAAAGGCACAAAUGAAACGGAUCUGGAAGUUGAUUGCAAUAACCAAAAACGUAGAAGCAGCAAUAGCAGCAGCUGCAUACGACGUUGGCAUGUUAAUAGGCAAAGUACGGCUGCAAAGGAUAUGGCACUGCUAAAGAGCGUUGUGGAUAAAAAUCAAUUGGCAGUGGCAAAAUAUCAAUCAACAGUACAGCAUAAUGCUUAUAUACACAAUAGCAGCGGAAAUGUGAUUGCAGCAAGUAACAAUAACAAUAAGAGCAAUAACGACAAUAACGAGAAUAACGACAACAACAAUACAAAAAGUUACAACACUCCACUGUGCGACAAUCAAAGCAAUUACGCUUUGGCAACAGAGAUAUUUGCACGAAAUUCGACUACUGCAAGUGCAUUUAUGCCAACACUGAACACUGAACUGCGGUCUGAACCCAAAAAUUGGCAGCUAAGUAACGAACGAGAGGUGAAUGCAAAAAAAUACUUACCAACAGAAAAGUGUAUACAGCAGCAGCAAAGGCAGUUGACGCCUGAUACCAUUACUAGUAAAGGCGACCUAUGCUAUAUUGCACCAACGCCUUAUAACUUGACAGAAAAUUUUAUUAGCAACAACAACUGUAAUGCACGGUAUGACAAUAAAACAACAAACAAUAGCAAUUGCAAUGGGAAUAAUGGCAACAACAGCUGCUAUCUUAAUUCCAUUGUGUUUAAUGGUUAUGACUACUCCGAUGAUGGUGGCUACAAUUAUGACUAUGAAUAUGGCGUUGAAGAUUAUGCUACUGACAAUGAUGAAAAAGUGCCAGACGAAGCACUCGAAUACAAAGCAAAUAUUAAAUACAAUAAGCCAUUAACAGAACAGCAAGAGCAGCAGCAGCAGCAACAGCAGCAACAGCAACAGCAACAAUUACAAGAAAAGCAAAUAUUUGCACAAAGGCCAGUUCAACAUCAUCAGCAAUACCAUCAGGAGCACCAACACCAACACCAACACCAACACCAACAGCAACAAAAAUUAAAUAAACUGACAAAUGUCAAUGGCAUGUCUGCCAUGAUGAAAAUUCGAUUAGCACAAAGCAAAAAACAGACCAGCAGAAUGUCAACAUCGAUUGACUGUAAAACGGACAUGAACACACAAACAGGCUGGUUGCCAAACGGAAAUGUCAGAGCAUCCGUAAGUACCAAUAACAUCAGCAACAACAUCCUUAACAACAACAACUAUCACUACGAUUACAACAAUGAUAGUUGCACUAACAAGGAAGUCGAUUACCAGCAUUUAGAGACAGCGCGCCAAAAAGCUACUAAGCCACAUCAGGAGAACACCUUCUGGAUGCAAAAUGACAUUGUGCAGCCGGAAAGUAAAUGGCGUUCAUUUUCCUCUGAAGACAUUACCGACCGCGUUAGUGCACAAAAUGAAAGCUUUCCACAUGCAUCGUUUUUAAAGACAAUAAAAUCACAAAGUAGUUGUUUUAAUUAUUCAACUUCAGCGUUACAUCAAGAAAGAAAUUCUCACUUGCCGCUUGCAGUUCGUUUGGAAAAAUUUCGUCAGAAACAACAACGUCAGCAACAGCAGCCCACACAACAACAGCAACAACAGCAACAAGAAGAACAACAACAGCAACCGAAACAAUAUCAAAAAAGUGAUGAACCAACCUUAUCAGCAAUUCAUAUAAAGAAUAGCAUUAACAACAACAAUAAAAAUUGCAACACUUUUUCCACCUAUAAAAGGUCACCGACGUAUUGGGGAUUAUCAGCUGCGCAAACAAGCGAAGCAACAUUAGGGCAAAAGCUUAGCAAUAAUAUAUUCAACAACAACAAUAACAGCAAUAGCAGCAAUUAUAACAACAACUACAAUAGCAACAAAAGCAUUUUUAUUGAUUUAGCAAAUAGCGAUAAUUUUGCAAAAAGUACUGAGGUAUAUGAAACAGAUAAUAGCAAUAACAACAAAAACCACGACAGCCACGACAACGACAAGAGCAAGAGCAACAGCAACAGCAACUACAGCUAUGCUCAGCAGCAACAAUUUCAAUUGCAAGGCUCCAGUUUAGUUGCAAACGAACCAGAAACAUUAACGGAACAAACUUUUAAACGUGCUCAUGAUAACACAAAAACUAAACGUGUUAUUAUACGUAGGCGUGUUAUUAAAACAAGCAAAGAUAGAGACAAUACAUUAGCGACAUCAGCAACUACAGCAGCAACAAAAGCAACAGAAACAACUAUAAGGUCCAACAAUAACAAAUUAACGGUUGCAUUUGAUAUUCGCCAGGAAAAGGAGAACUGGUUCAAAUGUUUACUUAGAGUUUUAGGCUUAUUAACCAUAUACAAAUAUGUCACUAACUUAGCAAGUGCACAAACCAAUGCAGAAGCUGAACUUGUAACUGCACCAACAAUAACAACAACAACAAAAAGUUCUAAUAAUAGUUGCAGUACUUCUAACAUUCCCAAAGAAACGAAACAAAUCAGUUUUAACAUGUCUGUUUUACGUACGAUGAAACUUAAGGAACGUCUGGCUAUAAGCCUUGGCGCUACACUCAUAUUACUCACAUUACUGCUGGUGGUAGAUGUGCAGAUGGAUUUCGGGGUGACAAAUCGUCACUUCUUGCCAACACAGUAUCAGCACGAACGCAUGAGAUACGUGAACGACAAUGAUGGUGUCGGUGUAUUCCGAGAUUUUAAACGAAAAUUCUUACUGAAGAGCAAUUCAUCUGGUUCGAAAGAAGCAUCUACACCGGCCACAACGCAGGCACGUCCUGGCAGCGCUGCAGGUGGCAGUGCUGGUAGUCAAAGUGUUGGUAUGCCCAUCAAUUCAAAGGAGACUGCACCUGAUGCGAGACAAAAUUUCCUCACUACAAAGAAGCCCACACCGCAUGAUCGCUUUGAUGACUUGUCGAGAAUACUGCUUGAUGUGGUUGGUCAGCAAUACACGCACGUCAUUGUGGAUAGUAAUUUUGAUGACGAUGAAGCCAAUCCAACGUUAGGUGAAAUUAUGAACAUGAAACCAGGUAAAAAUGCCAGCAAUUUAGAACGUUUCCAGUUGCGCAUCUCCAAAAAGGAACUUUAUAGUGAGAAUGACACUUUUGUGGAUGCUGUGAUACGUGAUAUGAUUAAGUUGCCAAUACAACACGUCGUACAAAAAGAAGGCGGCACGCAACUUAAAUUAAUGAUUGAAUAUCCCAAUGACGUAAAGGCAUUAAUGAAACCCAUGAGAUUUCCCCGGGACCAACAAACUCUACCGAAUCAUUUCUACUUUACCGACUAUGAACGUCACAAUGCUGAGAUAGCCGCUUUCCAUUUGGACAGAAUCCUUGGUUUCCGUCGCGCAAUGCCAGUUACUGGACGUUUGCUUAACAUCACCACCGAAAUAUAUCAAGUGGCCGAUGAUAAUUUAUUAAAGACAUUCUUUGUCUCGCCAUCAUCCAAUUUGUGCUUCCAUGGCAAAUGCUCCUACUACUGCGACACAUCGCAUGCCAUUUGUGGUAACCCCGACAUGUUAGAGGGCUCGUUUGCUGCAUUUUUGCCCGCUUUUGACCAGACAGGACGAAAGGUUUGGCGCCAUCCUUGGCGUCGCUCCUAUCAUAAACGUAGAAAGGCGCAAUGGGAAACGGAUGCUAGCUACUGUUCCAUGGUGCGUGAUAUACCUCCAUAUGAUGAUGGACGUCGUUUAUUAGAUCUGAUGGAUAUGUCUGUAUUUGACUUUCUGAUAGGCAAUAUGGAUCGUCAUCAUUAUGAAACUUUCAAAGUGUACGGCAACGACACAUUUACAUUGCAUUUGGAUCAUGGACGUGGAUUUGGCAAACCAUUUCAUGAUGAAUUAACAAUAUUAGCACCAAUGCUGCAGUGCUGCAUGAUUCGAACAACAACACUGAAGCGGCUUUUAGACUUUCACAAUGGUCCAAAAACGCUGUCGCAAGCAAUGCGCGAAUCCAUGCAAGCAGAUCCUGUGAAUCCAGUACUAUGGGAGCCACACUUAGAUGCGCUGGACCGUCGUGUGGGCAUCAUAUUGCAGGGUGUGCGUGAUUGCAUAAAGAAGAAUCCACCAGAGGAGCUAGAUGCAUCUGAAGACAAUAUAUCAUCAUAGCGCUAGACUGUAGUUAAAUUUGUAGUCGGUUUUAAACUGAACUUAGCGAUUGUAGGAAAACUUGAAUUUCUUAGAAAGCGACAACAACACUGUUAGCAUUAAUUUAGUUAAAAAUCAAAUUAAUUCACUUAAUUAUUGUUGACUCAAUUAUAAGAGAAAUUAAUGAUGUGAGAUAAGUUUUUAAUUGUAAAGUGCUUUCGACUAAAGUCCUUGUUGCAAUUAAUUUAGACUUUGAAGAAAAUCCUUUUCUGUUUUUGAUAUAAGAAUCUGAAUUAUUAACGUUGUUGUACUACAAAUACCACUUUUUUGUAGCUUAUACCAAAAAGAAUAAUAUUUGUAAAAUUAAGCUUAGAUUGUAAAUGUAAUUAAAAUUUAUUUCUUAAAAUUUAAGUUUGUUAGCGAAAUGCGGUUAGCGAGGUUGAAAUGUAUCUGUAGGAAAAAUAAUUUUAUAUUCAUUUGGCAGCUAUUUUUUUACUUACACAUAUGUACAUUCAUAUUUAUAUGUGCUAGGCACAUAUAUACAUGAUACAGGGUGUUAUAUAUACAUCAUCAUCUUUGAAAUGUAUGUAUAUGACGAGCAAAUAUCCUACAAGUGGUGCCAAAGGGGUUUUGUAAAGGCGUAGAAACUAAAGAUUUCUAUCCAAUUAAUAAGAAAAAUGAACCUAAUGAAAAGACUUAAAAUAUUUAUAAAUUUAUUUAAUUAAAUGGAUAAAAUUAUUAACUAUUAUUGAAUACUUACUCUUUGACUAUAUGUAAUUACUUUUGUCAAUUUGCGAUAACAAAAAAAAUUACUUAUAAAAAUCACACAAUCACAAUCACACAACAAAAGACUUAGUGAAGGAUAAUAAAAGUUGCGAACAAAAAGGACAUUUUUUCCAUUUGCAAUGGAAAGCGAACACUUAUAGGAUACAUUCAAUAUCUUUCACUGAGCAUCUCAAACUUUUACUCGUACUCGUAGUGGUGUUAGUACUACUCUCUAGUACUCUACUUUCCGCUCUAUUAGCCAAAAUUUUAUGUACUUUAAUGUUUCCGAAACAAUUCAUUUAGUUUUUUUAAUUCAAUUAUUCUAUUGUAUUUUCCCAUUUUCUUUCAAGAACUCAUCACAUUUCAAAAUGUUGGAGAACAAAAACAAAAUGGCCACAGAAAAAAAAUGUAAUUAGCAAUAAGAAAAUACCAAAGAACUUUCGAUGUUUAGCGAAUUUUUUCAUUUUCAUAAAAUCAUUAAUUUAUUUUCCUUUUAUUACAUUAUUUUCAUUUAUUGGCUAAAUUCAUAGAAAGCAAAUCUCUUUUAAUUGAAUUUCUUUCUUCCAUCAACAUUUUCUUCUUCUUCUUCUUCUUCUUCGUUCCUUUUUUAUU